UUUCUGGGUUUGGCACCAGCUGAGGAAACUCAUCAGUGACUUCUCCAUCUUCAUGUCCAUCAUGACGUUUGUUGGGCUGGAUAUGUUAAUGGGACUCAAAACUCCCAAGCUCAUAGUCCCAACAGAAUUUAAGCCAACUCGGCCGGAUCGCUGCUGGUUUGUGAUUACAAUUUGGGAAGAAUCCAUGGUGGAUGGUGUCUGGCCAGUUUAGUCCCUGCACUCCUCGUCACUAUCCUCGUCUUUAUGGACCAGCAGAUCAGCGCUGUCAUUGUUAACCGCACGGAGCACAAACCAAUAGUUCUGGGACAGGAUAAAGUUGUACAUGAUGCCUUCCACUACCUGCGUCAUGUUCCUCUCAGGAGGGUACAUCUGUUCACUCUGAUCCAGAUUACAUGUCUGGCUGUGCUCUGGGUCUUCAAGUCCACCUUCUUGGCCAUCAUAUUUCCAGUCAUGAUCCUGGGUCUGAUGGUGGUCAGAAAGAUGCUGGACAUGGUCUUCUCCCAGCACGACUUGGCUUGGCUGGAUGACCUCCUGCCUGAAAAAGACAGGAUGAUGACAAGAAGAAGGAGAAAGAGAAGCCCAAACCUGAUGAUAGAGAGGAAGAGGUGAGAAACUCAAGCUUCUGCUGCCCCCUACAGGACUGACAAACCAUAACAUGAGUGUGUGGCGACAAGAAGACAAGCUGCUUGAGUAAAUAUAAUUUUCUAGGCACAGGUUUUCAUGUGUGUGUUUGAUUCAAGACAGCUACCUAAUUAUUGCUAACAAAUAGAUAUUCCCUUCAUGUCUGUGGUGUUUCUACAAUGAAGGUGACUUCCAUUCCAUCAGCAGCAUUAUGCACCUGUCCUCUAAGGUCAUCGGUUCUCAACCUGGACUGAGGACAGGAGUGCAGCUCUAUACUUUCUGAGGUGUAUGCAGACAUGUUUUUGGCACAUUUCA